CCCCCCAUCAUAUACUUCAGAUAUAAAUUUACACAACCCUGUUAUAUUCAUAACCCUCCAACCCAUGACACUAGAGAUCUUGGUGAGUGAGGAUCCCAAUACAAGAAUGUUUGGGGAAGAAGAAGAGGAAUAUUUUCCUUCUUCGGAAUCUUUUAGCUUCAUGAGAAAGACAAAGAGCAGCAAGAACAACAAGAGGAGAUUUAGUGACGAGCAGAUUAAGUCACUAGAGUCCAUGUUUGAAACAGAGACAAGGGUUGAACCCAAAAAGAAGAUUCAAUUGGCAAGGGAACUUGGGUUGCAACCGCGUCAGGUUGCGAUUUGGUUUCAGAACAAGAGAGCAAGAUGGAAGUCCAAGCAGCUCGAGCGAGACUACGCCAUAUUAAGAGCUAAUUACAACAGCCUUGCUUCACGGUAUGAGAAUCUAAAGAAAGAGAAGCAGGGUUUGGUUUUACAGUUGCAGAGACUGAAGAAAGAUGCGGUUCAGAACCCAAAAGGAGAGCGGCAGUGUUGUGGGAAAAGUGAAGCAGCUCCAAGCAGCAAUGAAGGGGAAUUGGAGAAUGGUGACUCCAACAAGUGUGAAUCACAAGUGAAGCCGAUCUCGUCGAUGGAGAUAUCAGAACAUGGACUAGGAGUAGUUUUAGACGACGAUAUCAGCAUAAAAGCAGAGUACUUUCAAUUAGAAGAUGAACCAAACCUUAUGGGUAUGGUAGAACCAGCUGGCGAUAGUUCAUUGACAUCACCAGAAGGUUGGGGUAGUCUUGAAUCUGAUGGUCUGUUUGACCAAUCUAGUAGUGGUUAUCAAUGGUGGGAUUUCUGGUCUUGAAUCUAAAAAACAUGUUGCAGAAUGAACACUUGGGGUGAAUUAUUAUCCUUAAGAGGCCUAAAAGUUGAAAUUUGAUUUUUGUGGGUUAUGAGGGAUCAACUAAUCAGAGAAUUUUAGUCUGUGAUGUUCAAAGAACUUGCUAGCAACGGCCAGAAUCCCCUGUUUUUGACCAUGAAAGUGCAUGGAUUGUGGAUAGUGCGGAUUAGGAUCCUAAAAUUCAGAACUUUCACACAAUUUUCCCAUCAAAACCAACUUCACUUCAAUGAACAUCUAGUCAUUUUGCUAUAAUUUUAGAAGGCUAGAUCUUGUUCUUCAUAAUAAAGCCUAGACUCUGUUUUACUGUA